CGUGGUUACCGCAGGACCCGCGCCGGAGGUGACCAGCCUACGGCGCCCCCGGCGUCCUUGCCUACGUGGUUAGCGGUUUGGUUUGGUUUGGUUUGGUUUGGGCUGGGUUGGGUUGGGUUCUGCUUGUUUGGGCGUUAAGCUGAUAUACGUUUAAUUCACGUGUUUAUAACGGGAAAGUCUGUUUUUAGCACCCUUCACGCUCGUUCCGGCUCGGCUCCGAGGUUUGAGUUGACGCGCCAGCCGGUACGGCGCAGCGGGUGCGCUGCGGCGGAGAGGAGCAAGAACGAGAGCGUCGUUACGAGGAUGUGAUCGAAGGUCUUGGGGUGGAGUGGGGUGGGGUGGGGUGGUCGGUCCCCUUGCCGUGCCCAAAGCGGCCAGAAAGGAAAAUUCGGAACUACGACGACGACGACGACGGCGACGACGGCGUGAAGUGAAGGAGCUCAUGAUUGAUUCGAGAAGAGGAGCUUCGGCACCCACUCAUGCCCUCCCUUCUACACCCACCGCUUUCUUGGGCUGCGACUUGGCACAUUUAUCAUUCCCUCUUGGUCACAUUGAUUUGCGUUGUGUGCGAGGCCGUGAGCUCACUCUUGCGCGAGCGAGAGCGAGUGCGAGUGCGGGGGCCGUCGGAAGGUUAAGGCGGUCAGGAUGAUCUCUCCGGGUGAUGAUUUUUCCAUUGAUGGAUGAAGAAAGCUGGUUUUUGCCUCGACUUCAGGCUUCUCGUCAUGAACAAUCAUUACCUGCUCGAAUGAUUGGUUAUGUGAUGUAAACCUGUGAAAAGCGUAAGCUUGAAUAAUGAAAAGCAUGAGCCGCAGUUCCGACUUCGCACUUAUGUGGAAUGUGGGCGAUGUGAAACACAUACCGGAACCAGAACGAGAAUCAUGCUUCGUACGAGAUGAGAGCAAGGAAUUAAGCUCUUUGUUUGGGAUGGAGGGAGACUGGAGAGAACUUGAGCACAUGACACAAGACAGUGUUUACUCGACACCUAACUCACCACAGCAUUACUUGCGUCCUACCAUGAAUAAAAUUUCCACCUUUUUCUGAGAAUCCAUCUUAUCAACCUAUUGACAGAUAUUUUUGCCAGCAAUAAGUUAGUCUGUACCGAAAGGCUCAAAUUAUUUUCGCCCAAUGUUCCGAAGGUCUCAUAUUUUCUAUAUUGUAAACAGACCAGAAGAAAAACAUUUCAACAUUUCUGCACGAUAUCUAAAUCUUGAU